UGGGGAGACGGGCCGCGCGCCAAGGUCAUAUAGCCGAGGAGAACCACUCCAAAUCGCCGAGGAGAAACCACUCCAAAUCGCCGAGGUGCUUCUAUACCCUCUGCUUUCACCCAUCAACAAAAGUCCUCGGAUGGCACGUCCACUAAUUGAGCAUGCAGCGAUCAACGAGAAAGCGUUCCAAGGCAGCGUGCCAAGCCUGCCACGACCGCAAGGUCAGGUGCAAUCUAGCCCUAUCUGGGCCCCCAUGCAUCAACUGCUCUUUGGACAAUGUUGCAUGCGAGCCGACGAUUCGAAAGAGACACAAUAGGCCAUACAAUGGAGCAGAACAGCGACAGACUCCGGCAUCGCCAUCACUGGCAACGGCUCGUUCUGAACCUGCUGCAGACUCUCUGAACCGCAACGAGACGACAAAUGUUGGCCAGCCGUGCAAGACAGGCGAGACUCAUGGUCUCGGGGAAAUCGCUGUCGACCCUCGCGCUGGAAGACUUGCGGCUCGACGUACCUUUCGCCCAUUGACCGCCCAUCUCGAUCACUAUAGACAUUCUCAAGAGGCUGAAGAUGAAGCCUCACCGACUGAAACUCCAAUCUUCGGAGACCCCCGGGGGAUUUCGCUAGUGUCUGACAUAUGUGAGCCAGACAAAGGAGAAAACAGUGGCCACCUCUUCGUCCACACCGCAAGAACAAGGUCUUUGCCCCAGGAUGACCUUCACUACCUGCGCGGCAAGGGGGUCUUUCAACUCCCUGAUGCUCAAACCUGCGAUGCCUUGAUUCGAGCGUAUUUCCAUCAUGUGCACCCCUUCUUCCCGGUGGUCGACCCCAAGCCGUUUCUAGAGAUUUGCUCGGCAGCAGGGAAGGACAGUUUGAGUAUUCACCUGCUGUGGUCCAUGUUCCUUGCUGCGUCACCUUUCUUGCCUCUAGGAGACAUUCAAAAUGCUGGGUUCAAAGAUCGCAAAGAGAUGAAGAGAUCGAUGUACUCGAAAUCCAAGGCACUUUACGACGCCCAAUAUGAAGCAGACAAAAUUACAUUGAUCCAAAGCGUACUUCUCAUGUCAUUCUGGUACUCUGAUACCGAGGACAGGACGGGCCCUCCGCACUGGAUAGGCGUUGCCAUCAGCCUCUGCCAGACGUCUGGACUGCACAGGAGACCACACGUCGGCAUAAACAAUGACAUGAUCAGACGUCAGCAGUUGUGGCGGCAGAUAUGGUGGGCAUGCGUCUACCGGGACGUUUGGUACUCCAUGGGGAUGGGCAAGCCAAUGCGCAUCAACCUCGACGACUGCGACACGGAAAUGCCAAGCGCGAACGCUGUUCGUGAGGCAAUCUCUGAGAUCCCCGACGCUACCCAGAAAAAGUAUCUUCCUCAUGGCAUGGAUGACCUGUGCAGUCUCUGGCUUGGUCUUUUGAAGCUCACCGUUUCACUGGCGAGUAUUCUCUCAACUCAUUACCGUGUCAGACGCGUGGCGGAUGCGCCAACAGCGGUCCAAGCCGCGGAAGCACAGGUAGUUGCUUGUCGCUUACUGAGCAAUCGUCUUGGAGGAUCAGAAGAUCCUUUAGUUUGGCUACACGCUCAGCUAUUCGAGCUCUACACCGAAUGUGUCUUACUGGUAAUCUACAGGCCUUAUCUGCUGAAUCCUCGCGGUCAGGUUACUGAGGACGCGCUUGACGCAUGGCGCAUGCCUUUACGUCGGAAAGCACAAGCGGCAGCCACGGCAUCCAACACCGUUCUAAUGAAUAUUGUGACGGCCGACAUGAUCGACCUGUGCCCGAAUACCUUGUGCAUGACGCUAGUUCCAUCAAUGCAGAUUCACCUCCUGAACUCGACAUCGCCGAGGCGACUUGUACGGCAGGCCGGCCACCACUGUCUCGACUUUUGCCUCAAGGUUCUUCGAGAGCUAAGCAUGACGUACUUUAGCGCGGAGGUGAUGCUUCAAGUUUUUCUUCGUGCACAGCAAAAGGUGUCGAGGCAAAGACUAGACAGCAAUGCCGCUGGCACCCCUGUGCUUAAUACGCCAGCCACGUUGGAGUCCAGCGCGGCCGAUGAACCAGCACUGUCAGUCGGUCCUGAGAAAGAUGUCAACGCCGAUCCAACAUCGACAGUGUGGUACCCGUUCCUCACGCAAGAUGUGUAUUUUGGCAAUGAUGACUUUUGGAUACCAUUCGAAGGGGUCCUGUCCGAUCUCCCAACGCCCUAUGGAGACCAGAAUGAUGCCACAGACAUGCCCGACGCGCCACUUGCUGUCCACCAAAAUAGGGUCUAGUUCGUAAUAAUAUCUCUUCUGCAUUCUUCUUUGCGAUUUCAGAGUCUUGUCACACUCUUUGAGAAAUUUAACAAGGGAUCAAUGUGCACUUUAAUUAUCCAAGGCCAGCGGGAAGACUACACUAUACUUCACCUCUUGCGAAGUAUACUAGGAUCUGGAUAAGCUGCUCCUCUAACGAGCCAGACACGAAUAGCGGACGUGGAAGUACUAUAGAGAAAAGCGACAAAUAAAGACUAUAUUAUAC